UCUGUCUUUCUAUCUUGCUUGCUUCCUUUCGUUGUUGUGUGUUGAUUUUUGGGGUGUUGUUUCCUUGUCGUCUUUUUUCCUGCGAGGGAGAGGACGCCAUCUCUGUUCCUGUUUCAUCCGCCAAGUCCAUCGCUGCUGAUGCUUAUGCCAAGCCCACUCACCGCAUGGCAUUGCAUGAACUUCACUUAUCGAGAGACGACGGCGGCGAGACUCGAAUUGCCUGCUGCCAACCGGCUAACGUUGCCGACGUGGUUGUUCAUCCCCCUCCCUUUGAAGCUUCACGGUGAAGGCAACGGGAAUCGGGGGGUACCCACCUGACGAGGCUGCUCCAUUGAAAGCUUUUCAUGAAGCUUGAGGAUUCUCACAAGUUACAGGGAACCGCCAUUGUUUUCAGACCAUCGAGCUCUAGAAGUUGUGCCGGCCAUCUCCGACUUUCCACCCAGUUCGAACCAUUUCAGCGGGAGCAUGGUGCAGCGACAGGGAGAUUCUCGAGGUUCUAUGCUUUGAGCAUGUGUUCUACUUGUCGAAGAUGUGAAACUCUUGCCCAGCUGAGUGGAGAGAGCAAGACCAGUUUAUUCGCACUUCCGUUCGUCCACCAAGAUUAGCUUAAAGAUGAGUUCGGAUUCGGCUGUAGCGGACUCUUUGGAAACGGGACAGAUUGUGUGGUGCGGCGGAAUUGAGGUAGAUCAAGAUGUUUCUAUCCGCCUAGUACCUAGCGGGACCGAUCUCGCAGGAUGCAGCGAUAGUGAAAUUCGCGACAAGACUCUCGUGCUGGUAAAGAUACAUUCCAGGCGUCUGAGUCAAUACAGCAAGUAUUUCGAGACGUGCUUGAGCGAGAGAUGGCGGAAGCCAAAUCCAUUGUCCACUGUGAGCGAAUUUUUUCUGGAGGUUCACUCGGAUGUCGAAUACUACACAGCCUGCUUCAGUCGCAUGUACUCGCCGUUUCAAAAGGACUUCGGAGAGAUCAAACAUUCCGUAGAGCUUCUGAAGGUGGCCUCGCAGAUUGAGUUUCACGAACUAAUGGACUCCAUCUCCCGGUACAUAUCCGCUAUCCACUGGUCCAACGAGGAUGAAGUCAGGAUUCGAGAAUACUCUUACUCCCCAGAUUUCCACGGUGGUCACGCCACAGACCUUAUUGCUCGACUAGGACUACACAUGAACGAUAGAGAUCGUUACAGGCACUUGUGCGACGUUUACCAAUAUUGGAUUCGCUCGGCAAUGUCCCAUAAUGACAACUUCAAGAACACUCGCACACUGAUUGAGGAAUUUUUGCAUGGCGUUGGAUCUGGGACCCCUGUUAAUGUCGCCAAGACGGUGGUGACAAUUGUCAGUAACGAGGCAAAAAAUACGCUCAGUGCAAUUGACAAAGAGCAUAAUGAGACUCUUCAACCUCAACAGUCCACGAUUUUUAAGCUUGCACAGAAGCUUUUAGCGGUCUGCUGGGUGUUGAGAUCUCUCUUAAACGCUAGGGUUGCCGAAGAGCUGGUUCUGUGCAUUGUCCACAUGGAGGAUCUUCCUUCAAUUGUCAUAAGAAUGAAUUAUUUCAAUGCGCCUCAUUGCAAUGCGGCUGGGAUGGAAAUGGCCAGGCUUAUUCUGCGGUUGUAUACGGCCGUGCUGGAAGGGGACCUGCUAUUAAGCACUGCAGAAAGGGUCGCCCUCUUGAAGAACUGGCAUGUGGUGCUGGAAUCCUUUGUCUCUCAAGAAAGCUAUCACCACAUCACGAAGAGCUUCUUUUUGACAUUGCCUCUGGGUGAACAGACAGAGCUCAUCAAAUCGCGGCAAGAUAUGUUUGUAGGUUUCAUUGACAUCAGUUCUUUGGUGGCGCUUUUGAGAGAGAGCUGGCCAGAUUCGGAAUCGGACUGAUGCAUCCUGACCCCAAUUUUGUGCUCACUAACGCAGUGCCUGGUUUCUUCUUCUGAAAAUCGUUUGAUCACGAAGCGGUCAUCCGCUUGCUCCUGCUGAUGUUCCAGGCUUUCCUGUAAGAUAUCGCCGACAAUGAGAAAAUAUUUUUAAAACGUCAUGAAUAUGUUAGAAACAUGCUAGCAAAGCUUGUGGUCAGAUUAAGCAUCCUGUUUGGUGUUAUAUUUGCAAUGCGUGAAUUUGUAAGAGAUUUGAGAGGGUUUUAGCAGGAAUUUGAUCGUUAUGAGGGCAUCUACUGCUUUAUGGACGUGACGCAUAUUUCAAGGAUGUUGUAUUGCUGCCGAACAUUUAGACUUCAGCAGGAAUCUAUAAUCGAUUCUGUGAUUUAUUCCAUUGUAUCCAA